AUGAUAACAUCAUGUGUUGGAUUACAGCAAACAAUUACAUUAAAUCAUACCGAUGAAUAUCAACCAAAUCCUUAUACAGGAAAAAAUUUCUAUGAAGAUAAUAAUUAUCGUGCAGCACUCGAAUUACUAGAUGGAGGCUAUGAAAUAUCACAAGAUUUUAUCUUCAUGAUGGAAGAUUAUUGUGAUUUACAUCGUCAAUUUUCUAGUGGGUUAACAUCUUAUUAUGAAAUAUGGACAAAACGCAUUCAACGUCAAAAUACUCUGUGUUUGUAUAAUACAACAAAACGCGCUCAACUCGAUACUGUGAAAGUAGCAAAACAACUAGCUACCAUUGAGAAUCAUCGUAUUCAUAAUAUUCAACAAAUUAUCGAUAAAUAUAAAAAGAUAGUUAAUGAUACUUAUAUUUCGUCACGUCUCGGCUCACAUCAGCAUCGACGUACAAAAGAAAUUAAAAAACAAUUUAAAGAUGUUCAUCAAACAUUAAAUAAUUGUAAACAAAAACUAGAUCAAUUAAAGAUCGAUUUGAAAAAAGCUCAAGACGAUUUAAAAAAAGCAAAUAGUGCACAUGAAAUUGUAUUUAGUGAUUCGACUACCACUGAUAAACAACGAACACGUGCAAUAGACACGCAAAUAAAACGACGUAGAAGUGUGAAAAAGCUAAAUGAACAAAUAUCACUUGUUGAAGAUGAAUAUAAUUUAGCACAAAAAAUAUAUAGAAAAAAAGCAAAGUUGAUAUUUCAAGAAUGUCAGCAAGAAGAAGAACAUCGUCUCGAUUUGAUUAAAGAAACGUUGUCAGAUUUUUGUCAAGCAAUUCAAAUUGAACAUCAAGCACAGUUAGAUAAAAUAUACGCUGAUUUAUCACAUCAGAUUCAAACAAAACAAAAUUCAUUCGAUGAUAUCAUGUUUUGGGCACAAUCUUACGGAAUCAUCGAUGAUAGUUUAGCUGCAUUGAUGAGAAACACCACGAAAACAGUAAAAAUGAAAAAAAAAUUAACCAUUGCUGAAGAGCCACCACCAAUUACCAUAGAAAAAACAGAGAAAGAAUCAAUCACGGUGAUAGCGGGAAUAGACGACGAAGAACAAAGAGAUACGUCUAAAACGAAAACAAUAGCCAAGAAAACAGUAGCUAAUUUGAAGAAACCAACAGAAGCAGAUGAGACCACCACAGCAAAAGUGCUUGCAUCAGUAUGA